GAUUACUGAUCGAAUUACCGUGACUAUAUUGUUACGGGUGAGUCCUUUGUGAGGGAAAAUCAUUGGAUUGUCAGAGAAGAGAGAGAAAAAGAGACAAAAAGGAAAGAAUUCAAUCGUGGAGAAAGUGAGAGUUUCGUGAAGGCAUGACAAUUUCGAGCGAUCAGUUCUCCAUCAAUUGUUCAUCGAAGAAGAUAUACGAUGUAUAGCAAGUGCUUUCUUCUUUUAAAACUUUUCUCACUCGCGAUUACGUUGCCAAUACAUGAAGAUAGUACAAACGGAAAAGUCGUACCGCCAUACCCAAGCAAUAUUUCGACAAUUUAUCCCGCUAUGAUAUCUAAGAGGGCAGCGGAUCGAUCGUCAGACGGAAGUCGAGUAGAUUUUCAAAUAAGGAAUCAUCAGGGACCAGGAACAUAUAUAUUCGGUUUUGAUACUGGACAUGGAAAAAAUCGACAGUACAAAAUGGAAGAGCGCCGUCGAGACGGAAGCGUCAAAGGUCGAUAUGGCUUUUACGAUGCGAAGGGAAAACUCAGAGUUGUCAGCUACAUCGCGGGCCCCGCUGGUGGUUAUCAAGAACGCCAUCACGAAACCAUCGCUUAUAAACCUGAAACUUAACGUAUCUCUGUCU